AUGGAACUGAUUACCGACGACAUCCUCAACACGUCCGUUCAGGCCAAUUUCGUCGUCCUCCCAGCGGUCAUCGGCCUCCUCGGCAUCGCGUUUAACUUCGUCAUCGUCGCCGUCUUCGUGAAGCUCGGCUUCUCGGACACCACCAACAUAUCGCUCCUGAGCCUGGCGCUGGCUGACAUCGGCGUGCUCUUGACCAUGGUCGGCUACAGCGUCAUCUACAACCCGGUCGUCCUCGCCGUGACCCCGUCGGGGGUCAUGGACGCCGUCGGAUACGCUGUUAUGGGGACCUCCCACGUCAUGUUCUGCCGGAUAGCCGGCUGCCUGACGGCGUUUAUAACGGUCGAGAGGUUUAUCUGCAUCGCGUGGCCGUUGCACGUCAAGUCCAUCGUCACGCCCGGGAGAACAACGUUCACCGUCGUCGCCAUCUACGUCUUCAUGGUGUCCUGUACGGUUCCAACCAUCAUCGCCAACCAGAUCGGACCGAGGUUUGACCCGCAGCUCAACACGACGGUGGUCGGGCUGGUCCUGUCCGCGAACGCCGACCAGCUGGAGAACUUCACCCUCGUCGUGGACAUCAUAGCCCAGGUGACGUCCUUCGUCCUGGUCACGCUGUCCACCCUCGGGCUGAUCAGGUCGCUGCUCAAGAUCGCCAAGUGGAGGCGGUCCACCUCGACGUCCUCGCAAGCAGCUGCGAACGUGUCCGGUCGGGACAAGCAACUGGUCAAGAUGAUCGUGCUGAUCUCGACGGUCUUCAUCGUCUGCUCGCUCCCUACCGUAGUGGGUAACCUGGUCAUGAUCUUCUCCAAGGAUUUCAACAUCAAGGGCGGAAAUAAAAACCUGUUUCUCUUCGUCUGCGGCUUCUUCUUCCUCCUCGACUCCAUCAACUCCACCGUCAACAUUUUCAUCUACAUAAAGAUGAGCACCAAGUUUAGGGAUGUUCUCUUAUCGUUCGUGUGUGUUGUCAAAGAAAAG